AUGGACGGAAAGAAUGCCAACCCAACUAUCCUCAAUGCCUCUGACCUGCCGACGCGGCGGCAGGCGCAGCAGAAAAAAGUAACCUCUCCUUUGACAUGCGGUUUGGUCCCGGCGUAUGCUCAGGAUCCUUUCGUGGGUAACAAUGUUGAAUUUUCCGACCCUGAUGAAAGCCAGGAUGAUUCUGUUGUUGAGCCUAUUGACGAGCAGGAGAUUUAUGAUCUCAUCGCUACCAUUUCAGACCCAGAGCAUCCGUUGACCCUCGGAGAGCUUGCCGUCGUACAGCUCCAACAUAUCAGAGUCACCGAUGACCCCUCCGAGAUUAUAUCCAACGUCCUCGUCGAGCUUACUCCCACAAUCAAUCACUGUUCACUCGCCACCGUGAUUGGCUUGGGUGUACGGGUACGGCUGGAGCAAGCACUUCCGCCACGAUUCAGACUCGAUGUCAGGAUAAGGGAGGGAACCCAUGCAACUGGGCAACAGGUCAACAAACAGCUGAAUGACAAGGAACGGGUGGCCUCAGCGCUGGAAAAUGAGACUUUAAUGGGGGUUGUGGGGAAGAUGCUUGAAACCUGCAAGUGAUGGGAGGAGGUGAACCUUUCGCCUGAGGGGAAGGCUCUGGAUGUAACUUUCUUUAUAGCUAGCAGAAUCUCUUGUUUCUUGUCGCUUCGUGUUUGCUUUGAGUACUGAUAGUACAAUUGUUGGAACUGCAAAGUUUUCGCGACUGCUGUAGGGUACGAUUCAUGUACAGUACAAUAUGAUGUGCUC